GCUCCUGCGUGCUGCCAUCCUGCCCCUCAAACGCAUCUAUGGCAUCAAGAUGCAGGUGUGCGGCUCUGAGCACCUCAACAUCAAGGAGCCCUAUGUGAUAGUUUGCAACCACCAAGCUUCUCUUGACCUCAUGGGCAUGGUGGAGGUGAUUCCUGACCGCUGCGUGCCCAUCGCCAAGAAGGAGCUCAUGUACAUGGGCACCGUGGGGUGGGCCUGCUGGCUCAGUGGCAUCAUCUUCAUCGACCGUCACAAAAGAGAAGACGCAAUUGAUGUCAUCUCCCAGACGGCCAGGACCAUGCGGCGUGAAAAUCUCCGAGUGUUGAUAUUCCCUGAAGGCACCAGGAACCAGGAGAAAUCCAUGCUGCCCUUCAAGCGUGGGGCCUUCCACUUGGCCGUGCAGGCUCAGGUUCCCAUUUUCCCCAUGGUGAUUGCCCAGUACCGGGACUUCUUCAGCUCCAAGGACAAGAAAUUCACCUCUGGGACGUGCACCAUCCGAAUCCUCCCCAAGGUGGAAACUCAGGGCCUGACCCCAAAAGAUGUCCCUAAACUGACAGAGACUGUCCGCCAGACCAUGGCUGAUACUCUCAUCGAGAUGUCCUCAAAUCACCGUGGGGACCAGUGCGCUGAGCAGCCUCCACUCCUGCAUGGGGCCGGGGCUGGCAUGGGGAUGGGAAAUCCGAGGCACUAUGUGGUGCUCUUCCCUGCCGUGAUCUACUACCCAUACGUGGGCAAAGUGCACGUCCACCUCAUGGACCUGGACGAGCCCGUGAGGGUGAGCCUGCACCUGGAGAGCAGCCAAGAAGCCCCCAACAUGACGGUGGAGCAGCAGGGCAGCGGUAUCCUCCAGCUCAACUGGCCCCGCUUCACCAACUUUUCGGCCUUUCCAAAAGGCAUGUAUGAGCUUGCCAAGAUGCACAUCUCCAUCCAAGGAGGUUCCCUGCAGGUCUAUGAAAGCAGGACGGUGCUGGUGGAUGCCAUGGAGCUGAGGACCUUUGUGCAGGCAGACAAGGAUGUCUACAAGCCUGGGGAAACUGUGAAGUUUCGUAUUCUCCGUUUGGAUCACAACUUCAUUCCCAGCAACACAGAG